CGGCGGGCUUACGGGGCCGCGCGCUCGCUAUAUACCUUGUUGUGUUGUCAUCACUCCCGUGUGUCUCCUCCGUACCUAUCUCUCUCGCCGCCGCCGCCGCCACCGACUCCGCUGUCCGACGUCCGUCCGCGUCGUUAUUAUUAUUUUAUCGUUAACGUUAACGCUCACUGUCGCCGGUCGUAUUACGAUUUGCCCGUUUGAUUGAUAUUGUUAUCGUUACUCGUCGUUUGUGGUUCCGUCCGGCCCGAAUCUCCAACACUUCCGUCGUUGCCGCCGUAUCGUACUCUCCCGCGACAGUCGUACGACAUUUAUGUUGAUUCCCAACAUGAUAUUAUGCUUGAGAUGUCCGUCGUCCGCGGCUGUCUGGCGACACUACGGCUGGCGUAGAUUACAAUAUUACGACGACCGGACCGCGAAAUUUUACAAACGUCCGUGCGCGUUAUCACCAUCACCGCCGUUGUCAUAUUAUUGUUAUUAUUAUUAUUAUUGUGGGAAGGCUUUAUUUAUUUUUGUUGUUUACCCCUACCCUAGUAGAACACGGACGAAGCCUAUGCCGGAUAUCCUCGGAGACUGUCCGGCGACAUGGGAAUUCGGAAUCGUAAACAAACCGAAUGAAUUUUUUUCGUUUAUCGUGACCACCGGUAAUCGGACACCUCACGACGCAACCUUAUUAAUUAUUGUGAUACUUAUUAUUGUGAAUACACUUACGCGCACGCGGGCUAUCGUGCCUGAAUUGUCGUGAUUGUGUAGGCCUUUACACUGCCACCUUGACUUCACCAAUUUGUCAACUCCAUGAUCAAGUGUUGUUUUAUUCGUUUGCGUAGGACGUAACGACGAUCCUAUCGUGUUAUGGACGGUAUGGUAGAAGAAAAUGGGACUGGCGGUUCAGUUGACGCCCUCGUCUCGCAGGGUACUGGCAAUCCUAUCGUUGUCACAUCGGUGCACUCAGUCAUUCAGGCGAACCAACAGUCAGUCAUCCAGACUGCAACGCAAGGCACCAUGCUCACCAAAGGCAAUGUUAUAUUGUUAAGCAAGCCGAAUUCAGUUAUACAAACCCCUCAAGGAAAUAUUCAAACUCUUCAGGUAGUUGUUGAAGCUGGUAGUGAUGAGAGCUUAUCRGCAAAUGAGGAUAGCCCCAAAAGAUUACGCCACGAUGCUUUAACAAGAAGGCCGUCUUAUCGGAAGAUCUUGAAUGAUAUCGCAGGCGGAAAAGUUGAAUCAUCUGGUUCAGAUUGCGAUUCAAAUCUUGACAGCGAAUUAUCUUCAAAUUCAUUGUCUGCUCAUUACCAAUCUGUUCCUGCAGCAAUUCAGAUAAAUAGCCAAGGUGAAAUGCAUAAUAUGCCAACAUUAACAAUGUCAAAUGCAACUUCCACUGGCGGUACUAUAUUGCAGUAUGCAAGUCAAGAUGGACAAUUUUUUGUACCUGUAGUUACCCAAGGAGGGAGUUCCACUUUAAAUACAAGUUCCUUGGUACCUGAAGAUCAAGUUAAAAAACGUGAAAUGAGACUAUUAAAAAAUAGAGAAGCAGCAAGAGAAUGUAGAAGAAAAAAGAAAGAAUAUAUUAAAUGUUUAGAAAACCGAGUAUCUGUAUUAGAGAAUCAGAAUAAAGCACUAAUUGAAGAGUUAAAAGCGCUAAAAGAACUUUAUUGCCAAACAAAGACUGAAUAGAAAUAGUUUUUGAAGCUUCAAAUUUAAGAGAAAAAAACAAAGUACCAGUCAUGACCAAAAUUGCAUGCUUAAAGUGAUAUUUUCAAAAAUCUUGUAAGCUCAUUUUAACUYAUAUAAUAUGUUUUAAUCUUUUGGUUAUGUUUGGAAUUACAUAAUUUUUAAAAAUGGUUUAUUUUUGUUAAAAUCCAAGAAUUAGUAUAAGGGUCAAUUGUGCAGUUAAAUGGRUGGCCAAUUCCAUGUACACGAAUAUUUUAGUGCAUAAUUGUCUAUUAUAUGACAUCACAGUAAUUUUUUUUUAUAUAUUUUCAAUAAAUUCAUGAACUUUUUAUAAUAUUAGCUAUGCAGUUACAUAAUUUUAUACAUCUUGGUGAAGUUUGAAACUAAAAAAAGUUUCCUUUCACAAUUAUUGUUGGCUAACUCUUUAAAGUGUCAACCAAAAAUAUGUAUGGUAAUUUAUGGGGUUUGUUCUAAAUUUUCUUUUUUUUUCUUUUUAUUAAUUGUUAAAAUGUACGACUAUCCGGAUUUGGUCAUGAUAAAUAAA